AUGGAUGGCAUCAAGUCCAAGAUGUCGGGACUUUCGCCCUUUUCAAAGAAACACAAGGUCACCGUCGUGGGCUCAGGUAACUGGGGCUCGACCAUCUCCAAAGUCGUAGCAGAAAACACGGCCGCCUACCCAGAUGUAUUCGAGAAGAACGUUCAGAUGUGGGUGUACGAGGAGCAGGUAGAGCUCAAGAAGGAUUCAAAGCAUUACAAGGAAGGCGACACACUAUCCAGCGGUCCCCAGCCCCUCACCAAACUCAUCAACGAACUCCACGAGAACGUAAAAUACCUACCCGGCAUACCCCUCCCCCACAAUGUCGUUGCGAACCCCUCGAUUCAGGACGCCGUCAAAGAUUCGACAAUACUCAUUUUCAACCUACCUCACCAGUUUAUUGUCGGGCUCUGCAAACAGAUGCAAGGCCAUAUCCCACCUUACGCUCGUGGCAUCUCGUGUAUCAAGGGCGUGAACGUCGAAGAAUCCACAAUUUCCCUCUUCUCAGAGACCAUCGGGCAUCAGCUCGGCAUCUACUGCGGUGCCCUCUCGGGUGCCAACAUUGCCAAUGAAGUCGCAUUGGAGAAAUACUCCGAGACCACAAUCGCCUACGACCCUCCUCCAAUGGACUCACAGAACCCCACACCUGCCACGUCCAGAGGACCCAGUCCUUCCGCCUCCCACGCCGACCUUACCCAACUCGAACACAAAGACGUCCAUGGCAAGCCUCUGAAAGCCAAGCUCAAGCCACUCCCUUCUGAGUACAAGCCGAUCGACCACGAGCUGAUGAAGAGGCUCUUCCACCGACCUUACUUUCACGUACGAGUCAUCUCAGAUGUUGCCGGCGUCUCGUUAGGUGGUGCAUUGAAGAACGUGAUCGCCGUUGCAGCCGGCUGGGUCGACGGUCUCGGCUGGGGUGACAAUGCCAAAGCGGCCAUCAUGCGCGUGGGCCUGCUGGAGAUGGUUGAAUUUGGCAAGCGCUUCUUUGGCAAGACAGUCAAGACAGGCACCUUUACUGAAGAGUCGGCCGGCGUUGCGGAUCUCAUCACCACCUGCAACGGUGGUCGGCACGUGCGCUGCGCGCGCAUGAGCAUCAAAGAGGGGAAGCCGAUUGAGGAGAUUGAGGCCCGCGAACUCAAUGGUCAGAAGCUCCAAGGCACAAGCACGGCAUACGAGGUCAACACUUUCUUGAAGAGCCAGGGUAUGGAGAACGACUUCCCAUUAUUCACGGCGGUAUACAGCAUCUUGGAGGGCAAAGCCAAGGCGGAGGAUAUUCCACAGUUGAUCGUGGCAGAGAGCGGUUGA